GCAUCAGGCAGACUGUUCUCUCCCUGUUUCUCCCUCCUGACUUAUUGCUCAGAGCAGCGUAUCCCUAGCACUCAUUCAUCACCAUGAUGAAGACCAUCACCGUUUUUGCCAUUCUCGCUUUAGCAGCCACCACAUGGGCUGACUCUCCAACUGCAAGAGGAACACAGGUGGACUGCUCCAAAUACAUGGGAAAAGGCACCAAGAUUCCAUGCUCAAGGAUAUUCAAACCAAUAUGUGGCUCCGAUGAGAAAGUUUACAGUAAUGAAUGCAUGUUCUGCAUGGUACAACAAGAAAGGGGGCUUGAACUCAGAAAACUUCAUGAUGGGCGAUGUGUUGCGUGCACCGGUUAUUCCCCUAUGUGCACCAUGGAAUACAAACCCCACUGUGGAUCUGAUGGUACAGUGUAUGCCAACAGAUGUAUGUUUUGCAACGGUGUUGCGAAGAGCCGCGGUGAGCUCUAUUUGGCAAAUUACGGACAAUGCUGAGUUUCCCUGACGCUCACGGACACCGACUUUCCUUUAGCAGAUUCCACGUAGAGAGCUAGUUUCCCUGAGAUGGCUGUGGGGACAUGCACAAGGAUUUGAUUCCUCAAUAAAAGAAUCUCAGCAGAAAA